GUUCUAAAACCCUCUUCGCAUUUUGCUCUAUCUCCACUCUCUUCACUCUGACGAUCGAUGCUGACGCCACCUCCACGCCGUCGCAGAUCGUGUUCCUCCGCCGCAGGUAGACAUCCACCUCCACACUCACCGCCCACUCCACGCCGCAGUCAAAAGUCGAGAUUUUGAUGAAUUGGGUUGAAAUAGGCACUAAGGAGCUGCCGUUCCAUUCCUAACAAUAGCUUCUGCAAGAUCUGUAUGGCUUGCUUCACAUAAUGAUUCUAUUGUUUUUCGUGUGACCAGCCUUUCAUUUUGUACAAAUGCCUUUAAUUUGUUCACCAUAUUGUAUGAUUGAUGAAGUACCAUUAACUCUUCAAGAAAUUAGCAAUUCCAAAAAUAAAAUUAUCCAUCGGAUUUUGGUGUAUUGAGUAUUAACAGAUGAAAACACUGGAAGAUUUUUAACCAAUCAUUUCAGUAGAUUGGUGCCUUGAACUCGUUAGUUGGCAACUUGGGAAUACACUGGUAUUCCAGUGGCAGGUGCAUUCCACAAGUUUAUUUAGACUUGUGAAGUGUUUUAUCUUGAAGAGAGAUGUCAAAUGGUCUUAUAUGGGCAACAGCUGAGGAUAUGGCGAGGAAUAGAGGACAAGUUCUUUCUCUUUAUCGCCAGAUAUUGCGGAGCCUCAACUCCCCAAGUUUGCCAAUCAAUUUAGCAGCAAGACUGGCUAAGAAGGCACAGGUUCGUGCUAUUUUCAUGUUGGGUUCUGAGGAGAGAUCCCUGCACAACAUUGAUGACCUUAUUGACACUGCUGAGUACUCUCUUUCCCUUCUACGAAAAGGUGAAAUUCCCAAAUACAUACAAUGAAUAAUCUUUCUUUGAGACUUGUUGCUGAGUGCUCCCUGAGGAGCAGGGGCUUCUGGUUUGUUUCGUUGGAGUCAGAUCAUACCUCGAGGCGUGAUGGUAGAGCAAAACUUGCUUCGUAAAGUGUGAAGACAAUAUAAGGGAGCUGGUACUAGAAACUAGUAAGGCAAGCGAAGACAUAGAUGCAAGUAAAGAACAAAUUU